AUGAAUAGAGUAACUAAAGUACCCUUCAGAUUCCUAUCAUCCAAGGCUGAUAGAUUUGUGCCUAAGAGUGGGGUCUAUCCAAAAGGUUACAUUGUGGGCGGAAUCCAUAGUGGUGUCAAAAAGGAUGGUAAAUCAUUGGACUUGGCCAUAGUUCACAACACCCAGGGCAACAAUGCGGCCGCGGCGGCUGUGUUUACCACUAACAAGUUCAAAGCAGCGCCUGUCCAAGUAUCUCAAAGAAUCAUUAAGGAAACUAAAGGUGCAGGCAUCAACUCGAUUGUGGUGAAUAGUGGUAACGCAAAUGCCGUCACUGGAACCCAAGGAAUGAGAGACGCCGAAGAUAUGGCAUUGGUCACAGACUCAGUACUUGGAAAUGAGCCAAACUCAACGUUAGUAAUGUCAACUGGUGUUAUUGGAAACAACUUGCCCAUCGAUAAAAUCUUGUCUGGAAUACCGAAGCUAGCAUUGAACCAUUUGGGCAAUACCCAUCAAGAUUGGAUCAACUGUGCCACAGCAAUAUGUACGACGGAUACUUUUCCAAAGCUUGUCAGCAAGCAGUUUACAAUUGGUAAAGAUACUUAUACAUUAGCUGGAUUAUGCAAAGGUGCCGGUAUGAUUUGUCCUAAUAUGGCAACCUUACUAGGCUUUUUUGUCACUGAUGCACCUGUUUCACCUUCUGCAUUACAACUGAUUGUCAAAUUUUCUGUUGACCGAUCAUUCAACAGUAUUACUGUAGAUGGAGAUAUGUCAACAAACGAUACAAUCGUAGCAAUUGCUAAUGGUGCAGCAGGUGGUGAGUUGAUUGAUCUUGAUGCUUCUUCUGGGGAGAGGUUCUUGACUAUACAAACGGAAGUCACCGAGUUUGCUCAACAAUUGGCACAGUUGGUUGUUAGAGAUGGAGAAGGCGCAACUAAAUUCAUCACCAUUAAAGUUAAGGACAGUUUAUCAUACGACGAUGCCAAAUCAAUUGCUUCGAGUGUGGCAAACUCCUCUCUUUUCAAAACUGCCAUGUACGGUAAGGACGCUAAUUGGGGUCGUAUACUUUGUGCAAUUGGGUAUGCUGAAGUAUCUAGUGGAGAUUCAGUAAUACCUUCAAGGACAAGCGUCAAGUUUGUACCAGUGGAUGGUAGUGAGAGCUUGAACUUACUUGUUAACGGAGAGCCGGAAAAAGUUGAUGAAACCAGAGCAUCUCAAAUUUUGGAGAAUGAAGAUCUUGUAAUUGAAAUUGAUUUGGGAACUGGUGGUGGUCAGAGCGCUGAUUUCUGGACAUGUGAUUUGUCUCACGAGUACGUCACAAUAAAUGGUGAUUACAGAUCAUAA